AUGGCUACAAAAAAUGAAAUAGUGGUCACUGCUAAAGAUACCCUGGAUGCGGUAGAACUCGAUAAUUCUUUAGAUAAUCCGAGUGAUACUAUAAAUAAAUAUGACAGAUUUACCAGAAAUCAAAAAAGAUUAUACUUGUUUAUCGUCACAGUAGCAUGCUUCUUAUCUCCAAUAAGUACCACCAUGUUUUUACCUGCGGUUCCAGAGAUUGCAGCACAAUUCCAUACCACAGGGACUACCAUAAAUAUUUCCAAUGCAGUUUAUUGUGUGGUAAUGGCUAUCUCUCCAUUAAUAGUGGGAACGUUAUGUAAAAGUUACGGAAAGAGAUAUAUGAGCUUGGUUUGCUCUUUGGGAUAUUCCAUUGCUUCCUAUGUAGUAAGUCAAUCACAGAACUUGACGAUGUUUUUCAUUUUCAGAGCAUUCAUGGCCAUAUUUGGUACCGCUUACUUUAGUAUUGGUUCGAUGAUUGUGGCAGAUAUUUACAUCCCUGAAGAGAGAGGUACAGCUUCAGGACUUUUGAUGUUAGGUGCACAAGCCGGACUAGCAAUCGCAGCAGUAUUUGGUGGUAUUAUAACACAUUACAGUAAAUGGAACACCAUUUUUUUGCUUCUUGGAUCCAUGGGGGCUUUUGUAUUUAUACUUUCAUUUAUGUUUUUGAAGGAGACAAGUGUCACCGUUGAAUUAUUUGAGUACAGAAAAGAAACAGGGAAGAAAUUCAAAUUCUUCACUUUUAAUCCAUUUCGUCCCGUCAUUUUGACGAGAUUCUUACCAGUAUUUCUCAGUUGUUUUGCUCCUGGAGUGAUUCUUUAUAAUAUGUUUUGCUUAUUAGUACCUAUAACCUAUGUCAUCAAGGGAAAUCUUCACAUAGAAUCCACUAUCCUAAUCUCAUUAUUCUACUUAGCUCCUGGAACUGGAUUCGUAAUUGGUAGCAUUUUAGGUGGGUGGUAUUCUGAUUACACCGUUAGAAAGUUCAAAAAGAUGAGAGGUAGAAGAAUUCCUGAGGAUAGAUUGAGUGCGUCAUUGAUAUUCUUGGGGUUCUUUUCCCCAAUAUCAAUUUUGAUAUAUGGUUGGAGUUUGGAAAAGGAUCUAGGGGGCAUUGCUCUUCCCGUUAUAAUGAUGUUUAUAAAUGGAAUUUCCCAAUGUAUGGCUAUCCCUAAUGUUAAUUCUUAUUCAAUAGAUGCAUCUCCCCAAAUAGCUCCCGAUUGGAUAGCAAAUAGUUUCUUUUUAAGAUUUUUAUUUUCUGCUGUUGCAAACGGUACAGUUUUGGUUCAAAUAAAUACUAUAGGAAUUGGCUGGACAUGUACAAUUACAGCUUUUAUUUUGUGGUUAGGGUUUACUACCACAGGUAUAUUGUUCCUAUGGGGUGAGAAGUUAAGGAAUAGACUGUUUCCUCAAUUCCAGGAUCAGUGA